AUGAGUCAUCUUCCAGGAGUAUUGUUCUUCUGGAAAGAUCCGGAAAGACCAAUUGAUAUGAUACUUCUCCAGUCAGAUCAGUCCAAGAGUUUUGUCUUACUCUCAGAUUCAGCAGUAAUCAAUACUCAUUCACAACAGGUUGGUCUUGUAAUGUCAGAUGCAACAGAUAGUACAACAACGACAACAACAAAGUAUACAGUGUGGCCGGAACUUAACCACGGCCCGAAAUUAAAUCUUGGUCAAUAUAGAGACCUAUAA